AUGUCUGGCGGUGACGAGCAGGGUUUUGAUGUCCGGUAUCGCCACCCACCUCCGUUUGGGCGACAAUUGUCGGCUCCGGCAUUUGGCCAAUCUGCCAAUGGUCACACUACCACUUCUUUAGGUGACUCGCCGACCGUCUCCUUCUCUCCCCAGGCACAACCAUCGACCACGUAUGCUCCACUAUCGUCGGGCUUCAUACGACCCCAUAAUUCCUCUACUUCCGCGAAUCACCUCUCGUCGGGCGAUCAAUUGCAAGAUUGUAGAGGACGGGAGUCUCCAGACCCCGCUGAUUAUUAUCGCCAGCGUGGAUCCCUGCCAGGCACUUCAUCCAAUGUAAGAGAGGGGUUUGGUGAUGUAAGAAUGGGCAUGGCCGCGGCCGACUAUCCUUCAGUCGAUGACAAAGUAUCACCCCUGCCAACAACCAUGUUGGAGUCAUCGCGCACUAGACGUCAACCAUACCGUUCAACCUCGGAUUCGCCAACGCUAGGAGCUCCCUCGGUCAACAUACCCCCGUUGCAUGUGAACCCAAGGUCACGACAGCCGUCGUUCAAAGAUCUUGUCAACAAGUUCAACAAAACCACGGAUCAGGUCCUCCCUUUGCCAUCUGUUUCGCGUCCAACCUCAAGAGCACCGAGUCCUUCCGGAAGUGUUGACGGAGAGCGAAAUCGGGUGUUGCCACGGCGUCGUCAGUAUCGUGAUUCGCUACCGGAGUCGAUCACCAGCAAUUCUCGAGCGCCAGCGGAUUCGAACCCGUCGUCGCCAGAGAUAGACAGAAUCGGUCCGGCCCUAGAUACAAAUAGUGCUAUUCCACCCCCUCUGUUUCAACGGAUUACAGAAUCGCAUACUCGCCGGCCAUUGUUUGGUGAACUGUCGCCUAUCAACACACAGGUUAACAACGGUGCCAUAUCGCGUUUACAACAACGCCGUGGGUCGGAUGGAAGUAUUCCAAGCCCGAACCCAGCCUUCCGUGAGCGUCUCGAUCAAUAUCCUGCAAAAUCACCACUCACGCCCACUGCAUGGUAUCUUGGACACACAACUUCUUUGGAGGCAGUCCAGGCCGGGAUAAAUAGCACCGGCAAACAUCGCCGAGUCCUAAGUGAUUUGGAUAGAACAAGAGAGCCCCUUGCAGAUCCGUGGAAUCCUGAAAUGGCGGUACCUGCGCCCUUGCGGCAGACUAAACCCGGCCAUGGGUCGCCCCCGGGCAGUCCAAAUUCCAAGUCGCGCAUUCCUGUCUGCUCGCACCGUUUCGUCACUUCCGGUUCCGAAAGCUUAUCCCCAUCCUCCAAUCCAACAUUCAGCAGCCGAUCCGCUGCCAUUACCUCGCCGCCCAGGGGCGGCAGCCGCCUUCCUAUUCCGUCACCUAAACAAAGUUCUCCCCGCAUACCAGCAGAUGAUCCCGCUUCGUUCGCGACGAACCCGCGUGGUAGGCGGGAUCUAACAAUCGGCCGAACACGCAAUCAGUUAUCUGAAUCCAGUCGGCGACUUGAAGCUUACAUCGCUGAGCCGCCACCUAAAAAGUCGCCUCCGUUGCGCAGUUCACGACCUCGACAACCCGUCUCACAUGGUGCUGCGGUCUCCCCACGCUCCAAAAUCGGGGAUAGAGUUUUGAAUUUACAAAAACACGCUACUUACAACAACUCGCGGUCUCGUCCUGAACGCAAAUUACCUGAAUUGGUCAAGGUUGAUUUUGAUGCUCGUCGCCGGCACAUUCAACAGGCACUCUACCGACACUCGGAUGUUCAAGAGAAUCAGAAUGACAGAGGACCGAACAAAUCAACUGCUGGAAAGCUUCGACGUCACGCUUCGGUGCGAGAACAGGAGACGAAUGAAGAUCUCAAGCAAUCGAUGGAUGAACCUACAAUUACCCCUAACCCGCCUGUGAUCCACGCCCCGUCAUCCGACGAGAUGGCUACGAUGGUUAAAGACUCGACCGGCUCGGUUGAGUAUGACGAAAAUGGGGUUCAAGCCGUUCCUAGGCUGCACCUCAACACUGCCCUGCCGGCAUCGGAUACGGCAGCGCCCCACACAACGAUGGACUCUCCCACUCUUGGCCUCCCACAGGGUGUAGAUUCAACAACUUCAGGUGAAGGACAGCCUACCGUUGAUGACCCGACAGAUUCGGGUGCCACAUCAGACUCUGGUGAUACCCAUGUCACUACUUUUGAUCCGGAGCCCCAGUCCGGGCUGCUGCAGCGCAAUCCCAGCGUUUCUCAAACUCUUCUGGAUCAUAUAAUGCAAAUCCGCGGGUCCAACCGGAGCGACGACUCAUGCGACGAACCUGAUUGCAGUCUUUCAGAGAAUGACGACAGAGAGUCCAUCCAGAUUAUGCUUGGAGAUACGCCUUACUACAAUUCCUCUAGUAGUAAUGAUACUCAAGAGCCUGAGCGUGCGUCAAUGCACCAGGCUCAAAAUGAAACUGAUCUUCACAACCGAUGGAGUAUGAGUUCCUGGUCAUCUGGGCAACACCAAGAUUCCACCUGUGACGAGCAUUGUGACGAGAGUGGUGAUGAUUCUCUGCUACGAGGCCGUGAAACGGAACCACCAACUGAAACUUGUUCGGCUGUUUCAACAAGGCCAGCUUCAAUGGUAGACGAUGAAUCACCAGCUUCAAUUCAGGAUCACGGCGUAAUGGGUCCGAGCACACUUCAAGGAUCUGAACAGUUUCGAUCCAAUGCCUUUUCUGAUCCACCAAGCUUAGCUAGAUUGGGCAGAUGGGAUUCGAAGCGUGCCACUCAGCUCUAUCUGGAGGAGUUGACGCGAGGCAGGAGUCACCACCUUGGCCCAGCAGUUUACCCCUCGUCCGAGCCUCGAUCUCAUCCUGCAGAUACACGUGCAGAUGGGCGACCCGAUAGCCUAACUGAGGAUCCGGUAGUCGUGCCGGGGUUCAAAGAUUUCCAUGACUCAGAGACACUCUCACACACAGCUAGUUUGGUUGGACGUGAUGAUUGGGAACAUGCGUCUCCGUCCAUCAUGGACUGGAUGCAGAUCGCAGCCGAAGAUGAUGCUGUAACCCCCGACACCGAAACCGAUGGCAUGCGCACUGAAGGGGUACUCACCCCCCGCCUAGUGCCUUCGGCAAACCAAGAUGCUGGCGCAUCCAACAAAAACAAUGGCCUGGGAGUCUCGGUUGAUGCUCAAGCUUCCAACGACCAGACUCUGCCUCAUGCAUUUACUUCGGGAUUCCUCUCGCCCUCAACGAUGCACUCUACUGAUAAUGAACCUCUUGGAGGUCAAAAUUCGCUUAAUUCAUCGAGCCACAUUGGACUCAGUCGCAGUACCCAGGCUGCUCCUAGAGCCGCGGGACAUAGCCCGGGCAGCAGCCAUGACUCUUCUUUCCGAACUUUGGAGUCUAUUCAGUCUCCCGAGGCCGCUGACUCCUCCGCUACUUCACUUGUUCCAUCCACCGAGCAAACCAUUCGGGUUGAGCCGAAGGAUUCGCCUUCUCCGGAACAGCGACGUCUCAAGAAGCGACGUCACAUAAUCAAAGAACUUGUUGAUACGGAGCACACCUUUGGUCAUGAUAUGAUAAUCAUUGAGGACAUCUACAAGAGGACCUCGCUCACGGUAUUGGAUCCCGAGGAUGUCAAGGUUCUCUUCGGCAAUUCCGACCAAGUCGCGGCCUUCUCCGACAAGUUCUUGUCUGAUCUCAAACAAGCAGCUCAAAGUAUCUACGUCAUACCAAAGGCUCUGAGAUGGACCAGCAAGCGAAAGCGCAACAAUCAGGCUGCCGAGUCCAUUGCCCCAGAAGGCGCCGAAGCAGCAGGAAUGUCGGAACUCGAAAAGGAUCGCGCGACCUUUGUUGGUCAGAUUUUUGUCGCCCACAUGACGCAGAUGGAAAAGGUGUACACUGAUUACCUGAAAAACCAUGAUGCCGCAAACAAGAAACUUCAGGUCGUGCAGCGCAUUCCAAAGGUGGGCUUUUGGCUGAGCGAAUGCCAGAAGGGUGCUAUGGAUCUCACGACCGCCUGGGAUUUGGACUCUUUGCUCGUUAAGCCGGUGCAAAGAAUCUUGAAGUACCCCCUUAUUCUCCGCGACCUGUUGGAGUCCACGCCAAAAGAUCACCCGGACCAUGCGGCAAUUUCCAAUGCUCUGGAAGAGGUCACGAAUGUUUCUCAUCGGAUCAACGAAUUGAAGAAACGAGUAGACCUCGUUGGUCAAGCUGUCGGCCGAAAGCGCAACCACUCUGAUGUGCGUACCGGUCUGUCUAAAGCCUUUGGUCGCCGCACGGAGAAGUUUAGACAGCAAGUUGGCCUCUCCGACUUGUUUGAAGACAAAACCUAUGAUUUGCUAGCGCAGAAACUUAGCGACGGCUAUUUCCAGUUGCAGGUUGUCAUGCGUGACGCUGAGAGCUACUCUCGGGAUGUGCAACUCUAUGUGAACCAGUUCAACGAGUACGCCGAUUCGAUCGAAGAGAUCAUCGGCAUGUCGCCUUCUCCGUAUCCACAAUUGGAGAGCAAGUGGCAUCAGUUCAAGAUGACAGUUCAGGAGCUUGUGACGACUGCUCUCCCAGAACAUCUUGCUGUCGUCCGCAAAACGGUCAUUGAUCCGAUGGUUGAACUACUAGGACUUUACAAUGCACCCCAGCGGGUCAUGCGGAAGCGCGACAAGCGACUCCCGGAAUAUGCACGCUACAAAGCCAUCAAGGACCGUGGCGACAAACCUGACAAGAAGACCGUCGAGCAGGGCGAGCAGUUCCUGGCUUUGAAUGAUACCUUAAAGGAUGAAUUGCCUAAACUCUACGCGUUGACUUCCAAACUGAUGGCAGCGUGUCUGAAGAACUUUAUCGAAAUUCAAACUGUGUGGUACAGUGUUCUACAGAAAAAGAUUGGUGCUCAUGUGGAAUUGUUCCCCAAUGACCUUGACAGGCUCAUCAGCGACUUCAAUAGUGACCACACUUUGAUGGAGGCACGAGUGGGGGAGCUAAGUUGUUGCAACGGGGCGAUGAUGGCUCAUUCCCUCAAUUUGGUCCCCCUGUCACCCGGUGACCAGCAUAAUUCUAUGUCGCCUCGUCGUCCUUCUACGGUGAACAGCUCGAAGACGCGACCUGGGUCUAUGACCGAUGAUUCACCGAACGUUUCCCGGGAUUUCAGCAUCGGCAGCCAAUCAUACCAGUCUCCCCAGAUGGAAAGCCACUCCAGCCGCAGCAGCCGUUACCGAGCCAAUUCCAUUCUAUCUAGCCGAGUCAUCCCAGACACUUCCAAUCAACUGCUGCAACAAGUCACCAGCGCUCCCGCCCUUAAGAGAACCAGCGACAUCGAGCCUUUCCCUAGACUGCCAAGACUCAGCCUAGACACACCUUUCCUCGAGGAUGUGAUCAAUAGCUCUUCGCACUCGAGCUACCUGCCAGCCUCCCCGACUGAUCGAUACUCAGGAUUCUUCUCGUCCGCCAUGCCCAUGUCGGAUGUGCCGGGUGAUACUGCUGUAAAUGGGCACCCGGAACGCAGCGCCCCUCCCAUAGGCCCUGCGGCGUUGUUCUGCGCGGCGAGUGUUUAUGACUUUGACAUUGACACUCGCACUGAGGGCGGAUAUCCCUAUCUGACCUACGCCUCCGGGGAUAUCUUCGACGUCAUAGGCGAGAAGGGUGAGCUUUGGCUUGCCCGCAAUCAGGACGAUGCCACUAGGACCGUUGGCUGGAUUUGGAACAAACAUUUUGCCCGACUCAGCACCUGA